AUGGCAUUGGUAGAAGUACAGACUGUGGCUACCCCGGCCGUACCACGCAUCAAGCCAAUCAUUCGAGAUGUCCUAGUCGAAUCGCGCCCAAAUAUUCCAAUCAAAUUCAACGCAAUCAGCCAUCUGGCGUACGUCAACCGCCCGACAGUACUUACAAUGAAGGAUCUCGGUCUCCCAGAAGACUUAGGGAUAUCACCAGUGGCGGUCUCCCAGCCAUUCCCUCUGUUUACGGAGGAAGCCAUCCGGAUCAUGAGAACCGAGGUGUUCACCAAGGAGGUCUGGGACAAUUGUCUGCAAAGUACGGCGUUUGCGAAGUGUCAGAUCAGAGGACACUGUCCAAAAUACGCACCGUUCAUGUACAACGCAUGGACGGAUCCGAAGACCCUAUCAAUCAUUUCAGACAUUGCAGGAAUCGACCUCAUACCCAUGAUCGACAUCGACAUCGGCAAUCUGAACAUCUCUGUCGAAGAUGAGGGACACGACAAAGACAGAGUAGUCAAUCAGUCGGACGACGACGUCCCAAUCACGAACUGGCACUACGACAGUUACCCUUUCGUCUGCGUGGUGAUGAUGUCCGACGCGUCCAAGAUGGUCGGCGGGGAGACCGCGCUGAGAAACGGUUCGGGAGAAAUCAUCAAAGUCCGCGGUCCGCAGAUGGGCUCGGCAGUGAUUCUCCAAGGCCGCUGCAUCUCGCACCAAGCGCUCGCGGCGCUGGGCGGAGGAGAGCGCAUCACAAUGAUCACGUCGUUCCGCCCCCGCGACCCCAUGGUCCGCGACACGUCGGUGCUGACGAGUAUUCGACCCAUCUCGAACCCGUCGGAUUUAUAUUUCCAAUGGGCGCAGUAUCGGCUCGAGGUCUUGCGUGCCCGGCUCGCAGUCAUGCUGCAGGAGCUCGAGGAGCAGCAUCGUGCCCAACGGCCCACGGACGUGAGUAGGAUCAAACAGUUUCUGCAGCUGCAGGAGGAAUGGAUUGCUGCGACGAAUAAGGAGAUUGUGGUGGUUUGA